AAGAAGAAGAAGGAGAGGAGAGAACCAAACCAAACCAAACCGCCGCAACGGAACGGGGGGCUGUGGCCCGGACUGUAACGGCUAGUGUGCGAAGCGGUGAGGAGGGAGGGAAGGGCUGUGCCAUGCCAUCGUGGUGGGCGCUCUCGAGUUCCCGCAGCAGCAGCAGCAGCAGCAUCGAGUGAGGGAGAGUGAUUAUUGAGGGAGCGAGGUGUGACCGACCGACCGGACUCCGACCCACCCACCCACCGAUUCUGAUUCCGAUCAUUCUCCAGGGGCCUUUUUCUUCUUCUUCUUCAUCAUCAUCAUCAUCAUCCACCUCGAACGGGACUUGCGAUUUGAUCUCGCCGCCGCUCUCUCGUGCCGGCGAUUGUGAUUUGAUGUAAGGGCUCGCGCGGGACGCACUUUCCCUCGCUCGCUCGUUAGUUCGUUCAGUCGUCCAUUCAGUCGUUCUUCGCUUUUUGACCUCUCGUCACCUCAACCUUCCUCUCUCUCUCUCUCUCUGAACCUUGGCCAGUCUGAAUCACAUUCACUGUCUGAAGUCUGUCAAUCGAGCCAGUUUCAGUGUCUAUGUGAUCGAAGGCGACUCGCCCGCUGCGUUAGGGAGCGAAAGCGAGAGCGAGAGGGACAGCAGUAGCAGCAGCAGUCGCAGCUGGCAAGGCAGACUAUCAGGGCUGGGCUGGGCGAACCGAAACUGGAAUCUGUCGAUUGCAAAGAGACUGGGCGGUCGGCGGGCGGGCUGCUGGUGCUCCUCGUGCAAUUUCGUCUCGAAACGCGCAAAAGGCGGGAGUUCUUGGAAGGCAGAAGGUGGCACAGGGACGAGACGGCGAGAACGGACGAGACGAGAGACGAGAGAUCGAGUUCUAGAGAAGUAGUAGCGGGAGAAAGACAGACAAACAGAAAGGAAGGAAAGAUUGACGGGGAGGGAGAGGGGAGUUCAGCAUUUGAGAUCGUUUAAGAGGGAAUUUGGGCGAUAGCUGGGCGACUGAUGAGCGAUCCCAAGGUCUUAACCAUGAGCUGCUGCCUUUUAUACAUCUCCCGCCGCGCUGCCGCUGCUGAUUUGAAUUCUCUUCUGAAACUAUCAUGUCUCCUGCCACCCAGUCUGCGCUCUGUUUGGCUCUUCUGUUCCGGUACCUGAUUUUGCGUGUGGUAGUAGUGUAGAAUGUGUGCCGAUCUUUGGUGAGACCGAGAGAGAGUGAGCGAGCGAGCGAGGAAGCGCCCCCGUCUUCCUCCUCCUCUUCCUCUAUCUCAAGUUUCGAGUUUUCGCGAGGCCAAUCUUCCAUCAAAUCCGUGAACUCAAAUCAAAUCAAAUCAGUUCUUGCCCAAGGCUCAGAGGCUUGCUUGUUCUGUUUUAGUGUGAGCGUGGCUUCAUGUCUAUCUUUCGAUCACUCGCGGGGUGCUUUAGCUUCAAGGGCAGUGCUUCGAAGUCGUCGUCCAAGGAGGUUGUAGCAGCAGCAGCAGCAGGGUCGAAAAGUGCCCAAAUCAGAGCUUCGUCUCUCUGUGAAGCGGCUACCUUGCAAGAAGCUAUCAUGGAGAAGGUCCGGGCCGACGACCUUUGUCAGAUUGCGGACAGGAGUGAGAAGAAAUUGGUGGCUGCCGAAAAAGAAUCCGCCAGGGAGGUGUUGCUAGACAAGAAGAAGGCUGUGGAAGCAUGUGCGACCGACAACGCUGAGAAUACACAACCCAACGAGAGGGAGAAUUCCGCCACGGCCCCGCUCGAAGAAUCGUCAGCGGUGGGGGAGACCACCACGACCGAGGCCGUCGCAGGUCCGGCUUCGACGAACUCGAGAAAAACACCCUUCACGAGUUUAAGUCAAGUGGAUGCCGACUUGGCUCUCGCCCGAGCUCUUCAAGAACAGGAAAGAGCGUACAUGCUCCUUCGUAUGGGUGGCGAGAGCAGCGAUUUUGAUAGCUCGGGGAGUGGAAGUUACGACGAAGAGGGUGAAGACGACUUUGAGGAUGACUUCGGAGGUCAGCAGGUAGAAGGAGAGUCGCGUAGCCAGUGGCAAGGAUCGCGGAAUUCGGAUGAGGAAGGAACGAGGGAGGACGUUGACGGCACUCUCUAUGAUGAUGAUGAAGCCUAUGCUCGUGCUCUUCAAGACAAGGAAGAUCGUGAAACCACAGCGAUGCUGGCUUUGGCCGGAAUCCAUGUUCAAGGGUUUCAUGAUUGGGAAAGUGCCGAAUACGAGACUGAAAGCGAAACUUCACAGGACAUGUGGCAGGAUAUGGAUCCAGACAACAUGUCAUACGAGGAGCUAGUUGCCCUAGGAGAAGCCGUAGGAACACAGAACAAGGGUCUCUCUGCGGAAGCGAUCGCAGCACUUCCGUCCUCGAGCUAUGUACCCGACAAACGUUCCAGCAGUUGUGGAACUGAGCAGUGUGUGAUCUGCCGCCUUGAAUAUGAAGAAGACGACGUUAUGUCUACCCUCCCUUGCAAGCAUCUAUACCACUCCGAUUGCAUCCAACAAUGGCUUCAAAUUAAUAAGGUUUGUCCUGUAUGCAACAAGGAGGUGUCAGCUGUAAAUGACGACAAGUAGCUUGCAACGGAAGCCUGGAUACAGUCUGUAGUAGUCGUUACUGGAUCCAGGCUAUCAUAGGAGCUCGAUAGAUCUUCAGUGCGGCAACUUACGAUCCCGGACCGAAUCUUCGCCCGUGGAAGUAGAUGACCGUUGCCAGCAUAGAGCGAAUGAGAUGUAAGUUUUAGGAUGCUUCUUCUUCUUAAAGUCAGGGUGACAAAGAGACGCGAGAGAAACGUUUAGAUGACUUGAACUCACCCUGCGGAACCAAACAUGGCAUGCUUUUGGAAGAAGGAAUCGAUGUCCUUCCUCUUGGAUCUCCAUGUAUAAGUAAAAUAAUACAUCAUGUACCCGUGUGUGUUGUCCAGCACGAUUCAAAAAUUUUCUGUCCAAUAAAAAGGAAGGAAAAUGUCCACAA